GUGUCAACUGAUGGCGGCCAGGAAAAACGUGUAAGAAGCGGCCAAUCAUAUCAGUGCUGUUCGUGUCAUCUGGUCUCUUGGAGCGGUAGUUCUGCUUUAGGCAGCCGGCUUCCUGGCCACCUCUCUCUCUUUCCUCCUCUCUAACUCCCCCUCUCUAUUUAGAAAGGAACGGUAGGCGCAAGCCACCGACACUUCAUCAAAAUUACUUCGUCUUUCUAACCGAUCUCACCUCUCCUCUCUCCUUCCCUCCCUUUGUCUUUUUAGUUGUGAGCACCUUCUAUCUCCUGCUAGAGCUACCGAGGAGAGAGACAAGUGUAGCACUCUAGCAAAGCCGCAUACAAACUGGGAUUUUUUUUCGACCGUCAAAACGAACGAACUUAAUUAAUCAAGAGGUUUCCACUAUGUCAGAAAACGGAUUAAACGGACACAGGAAUAACUUGACGAGCCUUCAGUGGAAAGUUGGAUUUAUUAAUUCAGAGCAGAAAUACUUAACAGCUGAGACAUUCGGUCAUAAGAUAAAUGCUUCUGGAACGGGUUUAAAGAAAAGACAAGCAUGGACAUUGGAGCAAGACCCGAAAGAGGAGGUAGUCUACAUUCGGAGCCACUUAGGUCGAUACCUGUCUUCAGAUAGAUAUGGAAAUAUUACCGGAGAGUGCGAAGAGCCAGGCCGUUCGGAAAAGUUUUCUAUUGAAUAUAAUGAUAAGGGCCAGUGGGCAAUUAAGAACGUAGAACAUGGUUGUUAUGUGGGAGGAAUCGAUAACAAUGUUAUUGGACAUAACAAGCCGCCCACAUCCACAGAAUGGUGGACCUUACAAUUAGCAAUUCAUCCACAAGUUAACCUUAAAAACGUAAAUAGGAAAGUUUAUGCCCGUCUAGCAGCCGAGGAGGGCGAAAUUCAAUUUACCGAGGUGAUUCCAUGGGGCCAAGAUUGUUUGAUCAUUUUGAAAUUUGUCGAGGGCAAAUAUGCACUGGUCACUUGUGAUAAUCGGUAUUUACACCGUGAUGGCCAUCUGGUCGAGGAGUUGUCUCCAGAAACUUUAUUUACAAUUGAGCUCAAGUCGGGUCAAAUCUCUGGUCUAGCUCUGAAAGAUGUUGACGGUUGCUACUUAACCGCUGUCGGACACACUGCCGUAAUGAAGGCACGUAACAGAGCCAUCACAAAAGACGAACUAUUUACUAUCGAAGACAGCCAUCCACAAGUCACCUUUACUUCCCAUACUGGCAGAAUUGUAUCAAUUAAGCAAGGUGUUGAUGUAUCAGCCAACCAAGAAGAAGUGACAGACCGGGAGACAUUCCAACUAGAGUUUGAUAAGAAUUCCAAGAAAUGGGCUAUUAGAACUGUGGACAAUACUUACUGGGCAGUUGCAUCUGGUACUUCUGGUAUCCAAGCAACAUCUAAAGAUAUCAAAAAUAACUGCCUGUUUGAUCUAGCCUGGCAACGAGAGGGUUCCAUUACUAUUAAAGCAUUUAACAAUUAUUAUAUUUACAACAAAGCAACCGGUAGCCUCCUUGCUAACAGUGAUGCAAUUUCAGAAAAGGAAAAAUUCCGAAUUCGACUUGUUAACAGACCAGUUCUGGUCAUGAAAGGAGAAUUUGGUUUUGUUGCCUUCAAAGUUCCUGGAUCUGCUAAAGCAGAAUAUGUAUGCAACAAAUCCGUUUAUGAUCUGAUAUUUCUGGAAGCAACUGAAAGAGGGAUUUACCAUUUCAAAGGUCAUAACAAUAAAUACUGGAGCAUUGGUGAAGAUGGAUCUCUUUUUGCCGACAGCACAGGUCCCACUCCGUUCAUUCUUGAAUUCCGUGGACAGUCCAUGUUUACUGUCAAAGCACCAGAUGGUUCUUUCUUAAAAGGUGAACAGAAUGGUAUAUUCAAGGCUACUGGAAAAGAAGUAAAUGCCUCUACUUUGUGGGAAUUUUAAAUUGACUGAAUACAUUGACCUCUUGACUGCCGUCAUUUCCACAUCUUCACCAUAAAUGAAGCCAAUUUUUAUUUUUUAUUUUGAAGAACUUUAUUUACAUGCACUUUGUGUGCAGGAAUAUUUAAAGAAGGUGACAUUUUAUUUUGGCAUUUUACAUAUAUAUAUAUAUAUAUACAUUUAUAUAUAUAUACAUAUAUAAUAUGGACACAUUUUAUUACAAAAAUUCAAAAAACAUCAACAGGAUGCUACUUCAAUGACUAAGGUGCUUUUUUUGAAAAUAAAAAUUUGAAGACCAGUGGUUUACCAAGACCAGACAAAUUUACCAAAAAUUAAAGCACUCUGCAUAGGAUUUCUAUUACCAUUUGGCAUCAGGUUUUUGUUUUGGUAAUUUUUAAAAUUUUAAUUUAAUGUUCCUGUCUUUAAACACCUAUUAUCAUGGUGAAGGGGUAAAUUUGUAUCAUACUUUCCUUGUACGUUUUUUUUUUAUUAUUUUUUUUUUUUUGUAAACAAUUUAUAAAACAAAAGCUUUUUAUCUCUGUCCAUUUCCAUUAACCAAACAUUUUAUAUGCUUUGUCCAGGAUAUCUCAAAAACGUCACUGCUGGAAAUUGAUACCUCACCUCCUUUUUAUCAUCAACAUCACCACUUUUUUUUUUUUAAUAGCUUGUCUUCAUUAGUAAUAAAUAAAUCUAAUUUGUUGCUGCUGUAGACUUCUGUCUCUCCUCAAUACUAAUCUCCAUCUUUCUGUAAUUUUCUGUCAUGCCAUUUUCAACUAUUUCAUCAUUGACUGUUAUUAUCUGACCCUCCUGCUUGUACAAAACACCCUUUCUUAGAGAUGAUAUAAGUGAUUCCAGUACUCAAACUAGAAUUUUCAUCAAACAUAUACUUGUCUAUUAACACCUUCAGUAUAUACUCCAACCAUCUGAUUUUUUUUUUUAAUAAAUGGAACAAAACCAAACUCUAAAAUAUUGAACUAACAUGUAAACAUGUUGUCAAAUAUAUUCUUUCAUUUACAUACACUAACUCAUUUCUUUUUGUUCCCACCUACCAUUUUAAAUUUGUGCAUGUAUGCAUGUAUUUGUGCAUGCAUGUAGAUAUGUGUACAUGUAGGAAUAUGUGUAUGUAUCUGUGAUUUCCUCUUUAUAAAAUCAUAAACUUGAAGGUUAUCAUUUUUCUAAUGAAUAUUCGAGGCCUGGCUCGUUUGUUGUGAACCUUAACAUUCCCCACCCCCCUUAUAAUUCCUUGCUGCUGUCCCCCUCCUCUUUUUCUACUCACUUCUCUCCCUUCACAUCUCUCACCCUUUCUCUCUCUUGUACUGAUUGUGUCAAAGAUGCAACAUAGUCUCCACUUGUUUCGACUGUUUGAGGUUUUUGUAAAGCUUGAAUUGACCUGACCUAAAUUAGACUUUAGGUUGCUUAAUCAAAGGAAAGCUUUAUUUUUCAUUUAACAAAAAAAAAAACCUGUCUUCUCAAAUCCCUCCCCAUUUUUUAAAAAAACCUAUGUAAAAUGAAUUAUUUAUUUUUUUUGUCUUUGUUUAUUUUUUUUUAUAUGCAUCUUCCAAAGUCUGAUGUGUAACACACUUUCCACAUCCACUCUGGUGGAAAUUUCAUAUGUCCAUAAACUUGACUAAAUUCUGAAUAGAGUUAUUUUUACUCUACAAGACUCAGAAUACUUUUCUUUUCAGUAAGCAACUAUUAACAUAAAUAGUAUUGCAAAUAUAUAAUAUAUAUCAUAUAUAUUACAUAUUAUAUAUAUAUAUAUUAAUGAAGAUAUUGGUGAAUACUGUUUAUGUUUCUAUACCAUCCUAAACUGCACCAAGCAAUUUAUACAAUGAGUAUCAGAGCAAGAAGGCUUUCUUGUACUCAACAAUUCCAAUAUAUUUGAUCAGUUACAAACUCAUCUUAAACAUUUUGAACUUUUUUUUUUUAUUUUAUUGCUACAUUUCAUCUUCACCCAAUUUUUUUAUUAUUAUUGUUAUUCACAAUAUUACAAGGAAAUUCCUCAAAUAUAUUUUGAGUUAAUCAGUGCAAAAUAAGCCUUUUUUUUUUUUAAAGUUCCACAUGUAUAUCACAAAAGUAUCAUAAAAAAACAUUUUUUGUAAUGUUCUGCUUGACUGAUUUAUUAUUUUGUAAUGACUAAAUGUGGAUUGACUUGACUGAUGAUAAU